CUUGUCUCUAAAAAGCUCUGUGUUAACUGCGACCAGCCGCAGAUGGACACAGUGUUGCACAUCGUCUGCGCUAUUACCGCUAAAAGGAGUUUCUCUUCCUUUGUCGUUGAGGAUUAAAUGCGUUUGCAGAUCUGGGUGUUGCUGACUAGAAAAACAGAAAGUGAAGUGAAGCUGUGACCGGAGAGACGCGUCUGGAUACACAGCGCGCGCGCAAGCUUGGAUACAGCCGCUUUACGCGGAUAAACAGGGUUUGAGGAUGGAGGAGGAAACUCCAGUAAAACCAUCAGUGGCUCAGCUGGCUGGACGACUCAGAGGUCAUGCACUGCCGAUGCCAGGAAACAUAGAGGUUAAAUUAAUGAGAAGACCUCCAUGCUCGCUGCAGAUAAACAACCAAACAGAUAAAGAUACCGAACAUGAGAAACCAUCAAUCUGUCCUCCCAAAAUGAAGAUAAAAAGUUCUCCUCUCAUUGAAAAACUACAGGCCAACCUAGCUCUUUCUUCAAGCGUACUACUGUCACCACCUAAAAAUCCAGAGAGCAAACACCCACCCACCGUUUCCAAUCCCAGCAGCCUCUGCAGCUCCCUGAGAUCCACCCUGCAGCCAGUUCAGCUGUCCUGUGACGAUGAAGUGCCGGUCUGCUUCGAGCAACCGGCCGAGGGCACUCCGCUGACCAGCAUUAACAAGAGCCGAGCCAGGCUGUCUUUUAAAAGACGUCUGCCCACGCGACAACACAGGAAGUCAGCAUGCGAGGAGGCAAAGGCUAACACGGAAGACGAGUCGUCACGACAACCAGACGACCCGCGGCAGAACGGUGACGGCGAGGAGGUUUCGGGUGCCUCUCUGCAGGAGGAUGAAGAAGAAAAGAUGUCUUCCUCUCAUACAGAUCCAGAAGAGCAGGAGAGAGACAGGAUGGAGAACAGAGAUGCUCUCCAGGAAAAUGACAGGAGUGAAGUGAGCCAGACAGAAAAGGAUAAGAGAGUGACUUCAGAUGAGCACCAGCCUUCUGACUGUAAACAGACACAGGAACCAGAGCCAGAUGAAACGGCAGAAGAUCAGACAGACAUGAAGGAGAACAAGGAACUGCUGGGCAUUUGACGUAAAAAUGCUAAAGAUGGAUGGACACACGUGGACCUUAGUAUGAAUGAAGACGGACAAUGUCUGAACGCAAGGACUGAAUUAUUUUCUUGUAGAAUAAUGGAUUUGCGGACUUUUAUAAAUGUUACAUAAAGGGUUAGAUCUAGGCUAGCCGAAAUGAACCUACCUACAGUUUGUCUGAGCUAUUCAUAUGCCUCAGUUUUUUCUUCAACUUGAUUUGUUAUUGGCUUUUGGAAACUGUCCCUUUAAAGAACUUUUUCAGCUUUCACCUUAAAUCAACAUUGUGAUUUAAAAAUAUUUUUGAAAUGAUUCUACUUAAAGAGUCUUAAUGAAAUCCACUAUGGAGUAUAGGGGAGAGUGGGGUAAGCUGUGCCACUUUUUACAGAGAAAGCACAUACUGAAAUGUAAAGCUUGAAGUUUUUCAAAGUAGGUCACUUUACAUAAAGUGCAUGAAUGUUAGCGGUAUUUUUCUUAUAAAAUGCAUGAAUGUUAGCGGUAUUUUGUAAUAGCGUACUGGCACAGCUUACCCCAAAGCAUAAGGCACAUGUCAUUUUUAGAGGAAAAACACAUUUCAAAAUUAAUGGGUAACCUUUAUCGAUUUAUACAUUGACCUUUUUUCGUAAACAAAUCCUUAUCAAUUAUCUUGUGUGCAUUUCUCAUUCACAGGCAGCUGUAUGAAGGGUCUUUAAAUAUAUGGGCAUAAAUGAUAAAGUUAGACUCGCUUACAUUUUUUUUUACAGUUAAUCCUUAAACAAUCUUAAAUUCCCACAAUGUUCCUGUUGUCCAGCUCUGACGAUGACCCUAAAUCUGUGUGCCACUUUUAAUUUGCUGACAGUUAUUGAAAUCCAUCAUUCAUUUUCAUUUUUAAAGCUUGCAUAUACUAUAAAUGUUUUAAUACAUAUGCAAUACAUCUAAUACAAUGCAAUAGGAGGAGAUUUAUGCAAAAGCCAAAUGUACUAGCAGUGUCCAUUGUUAUGCAAAGUACAGUGAUACUUGAAUGUUAAAUAGGAAUGCUGGGAAUGUAUCGCUGUGACUACAAUGCUACUGUACAGACCUUUUACUGUCUGUCUAAGAAUCAAUAAAAACUUGUUUUA